GACCGCACUGCGCUCGGUGGUGUCGGCGUCGUCAUGAGUAGGUUGUCAUGGGUGGCCUGUUUGUACUGUUGUCCCAACCCAAUGGGGGCAGCAAUCGUAAAAUUGCCGUCUUUCUCUCGUCUUCCAUCCGGCGUCCGGACUUUGUCGCGGUGUUGACACAUGAGAGUGAGGGGCCGCUGUGAAUCGGCUGUGGACCACCAUCAAAGUAGUAUAUUAAGUGCUACUUGAGCCCGACAGCUUCAUGUUCUUGCUCUCCAGUGCCUUCAAAGUCAUUCUCCCUCUGACCAUUUACCUUCAGCCACAACAAGCACCAUGCCUCAGAUCAACGGACAGGAGGUUGGCGCCACAGGCUUCGGCCUCAUGGGCUUCACCUGGCGCGAUGAUCCGAUCCCCAAUGAGCAAGCUUUCGAGGCCCUGCGCGCCGCCCUCAAGAAGGGCAUGAACUUCUGGAACGGCGGCGAGUUCUACGGCACGCCCGAGUGUAACUCCAUGACCCUGCUGGAGGCCUACUUCGCCAAAUAUCCCGAGGAUGCCGACAAGGUGGUGCUCAGCAUCAAGGGCGCCGUCAACCUAGAUAACCGCGCGCCCGACGGCUCCCCUGAAGGGGUCCGCCGCUCCAUCGACACCGUGCUGAAGCAGCUCAAGGGCCGCAAGAAGCUCGACAUCUUCGAGUGCGCCCGCCGCGACCCCAAGGUGCCCAUGGAGGCCACCUUCCGCACUAUGCAGGAGUACAUCGACAAGGGCCUGCUGGGCGGCAUCUCGCUCAGCGAAGUGGCCGCGUCGACCAUCCACGAGGCCGUCAAGCACGCCAAGAUCGUCGCCGUCGAGGUGGAGCUGAGCAUCUUCUCACCGGAGGUCCUCACCAACGGUGUGGCCGCCGCCUGUGCGCAGUACAACAUCCCGUUGAUCGCCUACUCCCCCGUCGGUCGUGGAAUGCUGGCUGGGAAGAUGCAAUCCCAAGCGGACAUCCCUCCCUUCCUGCAGCGAUUCCCGCGCUUCUACCCGGAGAACUUCGCCCACAACCUCGAGCUGGUCAACAAGGUCAAGGCGCUGGCGGAGAAAAGAGGCUGCACGCCGGCACAGCUGGCCAUCUCGUGGACGCGCUGCCUCUCGCGUCGACCGGGCAUGCCGACCAUCAUCCCGAUCCCCGGCACCACGCGGUCAGAGCGUGUCGAGGAGAACGCGGUCGAGGUAGACCUGACGGAUGCCGAGAUGAACGAGAUCGAUGAGAUUCUGGCCAAGUUCGAGGUCAAGGGGGAGCGAUACGGGGCGGGAUUUCCUGUGAACACAUAGGGGGAGGUUCCUCCGCUACCUACUUGUACCUAGCGUGGAGGGUGAUGCCUGCGGGCAGCAGUGAUUAUCUGGUUAUUGUCAGCCCCGGACGCAAAUCCG